AUGGAAGUUUGCAAAAUAUUGAAUGUAGAGCAAGAAUUUACACCUAGUAUGAUGCAUUACUGUUUGGGUCGCUGUGAACGUACACAUCGUGCCUUAGCGGAGCGUUUAACGCCUUAUGUUUUAGACAAUAAACAAUGGGAAGAAAUGCUUCCUGGAAUAGUAUUCUCAAUCAAUAGUUGUGUACAUUCAGGAUCAAAAUACUCUGCUUUUGAAAUAGUCUUCGGGAAAAGGCCAAAUUUUCCGUUAUCGCCUUCUUACAUAGUUGAUUUUAAAGACAUUCCGAAAGAUGUAAAAACCUAUAUUGAGAAUUUGGAUGCCCGUUUGAACAUUAUUCGAGAGCAUGUAAAUUUGAAUACCCUUGUUGCUCAACGGAAAAUGGUAGAGAUCGAAAAUAAAAAUGCACAUGAACUAGAUUUGACUGUAGGCGACAAUGUUUAUUUAUCCAGAGAGCCCGUUGGACAAGGCAGGAAAUUUCAGCAUAUUUAUGAUGGACCGUUUACUGUAACAUGUCUUCCGAGUGCACAUCUAGUUAUUUUAAGAGAUCCAAUAGGAAAGAGAAAUUUUCGCCGUCCCGUGCACAUCAAUAGAUUAAAGCUUGCACAUAUACGAGUGCCCUUACCAGCACCUUAUUUUAACCUACAAACCGAUGAAAGUGAAAAUUCUAGCAGUAAGUCGGAUAAUAGUUCUAGCUCCGUUGACAGAGACACCUCGGAGAAUUCUAAGUCUAUUUCUACAAAUGUUACGACAGAAAGUGACGCCCCGGAUACAGAUGUGGUUUCUCAACAUGAUACUACAAAUUUAAAUAGACCAAGAAGGAAUAUUCAGAAGCCUGUGCGGUACCGUGAUGAUAACUAUAUAGACCCCGAUAAAAUAGUGGAUUCAUGCGAAAACAAUCAAUUGAAAGUAAAACGUAUUCUUGCCAAGCGAAAAGACGGUGCAAAUUUCGUUUACUUGAUUCAGAAAGUAGGAGAACCAGCACAGAAUGCAAUAUGGCUCCCUUUAUCAAAAUUACCACCCAAAGCACAAACCUUGCUACUUUCAAGACCACCGCCUUUGAUGCAGUAG